AUGUCGAAGCGAGGCCUAAGGAAAGAAAUAGAUGAUCUUGGAAAUAAAAAAGCUAGGAAACAGAUUGAGGAAAAAAAAUCUUCUCAGGAUACUUUCUCGACAUGGGAUAAUAGACGAUUUUUCUCUAUCAUUUCCGAUCGUGAUGCUGGCGAUUCCAAGUCUGCGGGUAUAUCUUCACUAAAGCUGAAACAACCAGGAUUCCAAGACCUCGGACAAGAAGAGGAGCAUUCUACUCCCGGAUUCGAGUUCCCUCAAAUGAAGUUUCAUGUAUGCAAUUUCGUGGUCUUCCAUUCUGAGAAAUGUGGAACCUAG